AUGGUCUUAGCGCUGGUUCUUAACCCUCCGUCUGACGGAGGAGGGUCUCAAGAACUGCCCUGGGAUCGUCAAGAUACUUUUCCGGUACAUCAGGUUCUUCGCAAAGACAGCAUUGCUAGGGCAAGGUGGAAAAAGGAUGAUACCUUCUGGGUUCCUCGCGCCGACGUCAUUGUCAGCUUGAAGACGCCGCUCAUCUAUGCUUCGCCGGAGAGCAAUGUCAAGGCUCGACUAUUUUCUGACCUGGUCCGUGAUGCGCUCGAGGAGUACUCAUAUGAAGCGGAGCUGUCUGGCUUACAGUACAACGUAAGUCUCGACUCGCGCGGUCUGUUCUUGGAUGUUAGCGGCUACAAUGAUAAGCUGCCUGUGCUCUUGGAACAAGUCGUCACAACAAUGCGAGACCUGCAUGUCAAGGAAGACCGUUACGAGAUUUUCAGGGAGCGCUUGACCCGAGGGUACAGCAACUGGCAGCUACAAUCCUCCUACCAUCAGGGUGGCGAUUACACCAAUUGGCUCUAUAUUCCCGAGCGGGACUUAUAG